ACGCGGUAAAUGUGAGUGUUUCGCCAAACUGGGACAAAAGCAGGAAGUAGUGGAAAAAUAACAGGAAAAGACAAGAGUAAGAGAAAAGAAGAGAGAGAUGUGCGUUAAAUGGGACCGCGCGUAGCUUACAUUACUGGAUAUUUUUAAUUCUCGUUUUUCGGGGUAUCGCUGCUGUCGUGGACAAGAAGAGUGUCUUGCAAACGCAUGUUUAUAAAUACCAGAUGGCUAAGAAGUGCAAGAGUUCAGAACUGGUAGUGGCCUGUGAGUGGGCAUCAUGUACCUUUAAAGGAAAUAGCAUGGAAGAGCUUUGUGAUCACAUUUCUGUUCACUUGAGAGAACAUCUUGGAGAUGGAGACACCAUGGAAGAAUUAGAUGAUUAUGCCUGCCUGUGGAAUGGAUGCGAGUUUUUGGCAAUGGGAAGUCCCAAUGAGUUGGUUGUCCAUGUGAAUUUUCAUAUCUUCCAUGCCAAACUGAAGUAUAUAGGAUCACAGCUAUUACUUACUCAUCCAGAGCUGCGCAUGUGUUCUCAGGAUCGUCACAGUAAGAACCUUAUUCCAGAGCUGUCGGAGGCAUUUGUAUGUCAGUGGGAGCACUGUGAUAGUACUUUUAACAACCCAGAGUGGUUUUACCGUCACGUAGAUAUGCAUGCCCAUUGUACUGAAAAAGAGGUUCUCCCCAACAGAGGCAAAGGUCUCUACUGCUGCUGGAAAGGCUGCGAUGCCACUUUCAAGAUUAAGUAUCGCUUGCGUGAGCACUUGCGCAGUCACACACAGGAAAGAGUGGCAGCCUGCCCUACUUGUGGAUGUAUGUUUGCAAGCAAUACAAAGCUCUUUGACCACAUACAAAGGCAAUCUGUGACAGAAGAACCUUUUUUAUGUGAACACUGUGAAAAGCCAUUUGCCAGUGAGAGGUUAUUGCGGGAUCAUGUCCGCCAGCAUGUUAACCAUAUAAAGUGUCCUUUGUGUGACAUGACCUGCACUACCCUUGCAUCUUUGAGAACACACAUAAAGUUCAGACACUGUAAUGAGAGGCCGUUUCAGUGUGACUUUUGUGAAAGCAGUUUUAAAAAUCCUCACGAUCUACGCAAACAUAUGGAUACCCAUAAUGAAGGAGCUGCUUUCCACUGCAGUGUGGAAGGAUGUAAAUACUCCUCCCGAAUGGCGCACACCAUGAACCAGCACUACAGAAGGGUCCAUGAGGGGGACACAAUGGCCAAAUACAAAUGUCACAUCUGUGAUAAAUGCUUCUCUUGGUGUUAUACUCUUACUCUUCACCUACGCAACAAGCAUGAAUUGAAAUGGCCUUCUGGACACUCUCGUUUCAGGUAUAAAGAGGAUGAAGAUGGAUAUUUGAGGCUGAAUAUGGUCCGUUAUGAGACCGUUGAGGUUACAGAACAAAUCAUGAACAACAUGGCAAAGAAGCGUACACCACGGAAAGCAGUUUCCAGUUUGUCAUCCAGUGAUCGGGUUUUGCUCAGCAACCAAGGAAAAAAUCCUUCUGUAACUGCAGGACAAAAUUUAUCUGCCCCUGGUCACCUUGUCCAGUGUGAGACAAGAGAAGAUGCUGGCACAGAAAAGACUACCUCUGGUGAUGCAUCACCAGUCUACUGUGUCCUCAGCAAUGUUACAGAUCUCUUGCCUGAAUCUGGUUCAUCACCAGCUACAGUAAUGGACACUUCUCAUAGAAGCACAACAGGGGCAGCGGAAACACUGACUGAAGUGGCAAGGGGACUUGGCAUACAGAUUGUAUAAAUUC